AUGCAGCGGCGGGAGGCCACCAGCAACGUACACGCCUUGGAAGGUAUUGCCGUCACUCGUGAUUCUUCUGAUCUUUUUCUCUCUCAACGUCAGUAUUCCAUUGAUCUUCUAACUCGUGCUGGUAUGCUAGAUUGUCAACCUUCACGCACACCUGUAGAUACCUCCUCCAAAUUCUCCUCCGAAGGUGAAAUCUUCCAUGACCCCACUCUUUACCGUAGCCUCACUGGAGCCCUCCAAUAUCUCACCAUUACUCGCCCAGAUAUAUCCUAUGCUGUCCAGCAAGCCUGUCUUUACAUGCAUGAUCCCCGUGUUCCACAUUUUAACCAUGUCAAACGCAUUCUUAGAUAUCUUAAAGGUACAUUAGAUCAUAGUUUGCAUAUCAACCACUCAUCACCCACCACAUUGACAGCAUAUUCCGAUGCAGACUGGGCUGGUUGUCCAGAAACUCGUCGAUCUACUUCAGGAUACUGUGUUUUUCUUGGUAACAAUUUAAUUUCUUGGUCUUCAAAACGUCAGCUCACGGUUUCACGCUCGUCAGCAGAAGCUGAGUACCGUGCAGUUGCUCAUGCAGUUGCUGAAACAGUAUGGUUGCGCCAGCUACUUGUUGAGUUACAUCGCCCUGUCAGUCAGGCUACAGUGAUUUAUUGUGAUAACAUUUCAGCAGUUUACAUGUCUGGAAAUCCUGUUCAGCAUCGGCGGACCAAGCAUAUUGAGAUUGACAUACACUUUGUUCGCGACAAGGUUGCCUUGGGUGAAGUGUGUGUUCUUCAUGUGCCUACUACAGCUCAGUUUGCUGAUAUUUUCACCAAAGGGCUAGCUACUACACCAUUUACUAAGAUUCGGUUCAGUCUCAAUGUUGUUGAACCCACCAUUGAGACUGCAGGGGGAUGUUAG